AUGGUCGCUACUGUGUUUUUCACCGUAGUGCUAAUCACCGUAGUUUCCAUGAUGUCUUCCUCGUCUGACAAGGGAGAACGUCGCGGUUUUGGUGGCGGUGGACGUGGACGCGGUCGUUGUGAUCGUGAUGGUGGUGGUGGCCGCCGAGAAUUUAACAAUAAUAAAGGUGAAACGGAAUAUGGUGAAAACGGCGGAGAAAAUGGCGGUGAACCACAAAAGCCACGCGAAUUUUACAUACCACCCGAACCCACCGACAAUGAGGAAGAGAUCUUUGGCAGUGGCAUAACGAGUGGUAUUAAUUUCGCUAAAUAUGAUAGUAUACCGGUGCAGGUCACUGGUGAAAAUGCCCCUGCGGCCAUACAAUGCUUUGAGGAAGCCGGCUUUCGUGAAUUAGUUCUCAAUAAUGUCAAACGUUCCGGUUAUAAGCUUCCUACACCCAUCCAAAAAACCGCCAUUCCAGUUAUAUCCUCGGGACGUGAUUUAAUGGCAUGUGCCCAAACGGGGUCCGGCAAAACGGCCGCCUUCCUUCUGCCCAUUAUCAACGCGCUGUUGAAUGAGGGCUGCGAAACGUCAAUAGGUAAACCACAGGCUCUGAUUGUAUCACCAACCCGUGAAUUGGCCAUACAAAUUUAUAAUGAAGCGCGUAAAUUUGCCAUGGAUUCGUAUAUUAAUACGCAGAUUGUUUAUGGCGGCACUUCAUCGAAAUAUCAGGGUGAAAAAAUUGGUCGUGGUGGUACGCAUAUUUUGAUUGCCACCCCAGGUCGUCUAUUGGAUUUUGUGGAAAAGGGUUUCAUUACCUUUGAGGAGACACGUUUUGUGGUGCUCGAUGAGGCGGAUCGUAUGCUGGAUAUGGGUUUCAAGGAGAGUGUGGCCACCAUUAUGAAUCAUCCCACAAUGCGUGGCAUGGAUCAGCGUCAGAAUCUUAUGUUUUCUGCAACAUUCCCGGCCGAGAUUCAGCGUAUGGCUGGGGAAUAUUUGAAUGAGUACAUCUUCAUUGCCAUUGGUGUGGUCGGCGGAGCCUGUUCGGAUGUCACACAGAACAUUUAUGAGGUUAAGAAGUAUCAGAAGCGGGCCAAAUUGAUGGAACUCUUGCAAGAAAAUCCCAAUGGCACCAUUGUCUUUGUGGAGACAAAACGUGGUGCCGAUUUCUUGGCCUCACUACUGUCCGAGACAGAAUUCCCCACAACCUCGAUACACGGUGAUCGUUUACAGCGUCAGCGUGAAGAAGCCUUGGCCGAUUUUAAAUCGGGUAAAAUGAAGGUUUUGAUUGCCACCUCUGUGGCUGCUCGCGGUCUCGACAUAAAAAAUGUCAAUCAUGUGGUGAAUUAUGAUUUGCCAACAUCCAUUGAUGAGUAUGUACAUCGUAUUGGUCGCACAGGACGUGUGGGAAAUAAUGGUCGUGCCACCAGCUUCUUUGAUCCGGAAAAUGACACGGCCAUUGCUGCGGAUUUGGUAAAGAUUUUAGAGGGUGCUGGCCAGGAGGUGCCUGAUUUCUUGCAGAACUAUAGUGGUGGCGGAGGCGGUGGUGGUGACUUUGGCAGUGGUGGUGGUUUUGGUGGACGGGAUGUGCGCAAAAAUGUACCAAAGAAUGAUGACAAUUUUGUUACUUCAUCGGGACCGGCUGCCCUGGAAGAAGAAGAGGAAUGGAAUUAG